AUGCAUUUCACUGCACCACUCAUCCUCCUCAGCGCGGCUCUUGCCGUUGCCGCUCCCACCGCUGAGCCCAGCAACUACAAGGAUGACAAGAAGGCCUAUGCCAAAGACUGCAAGAAGGACCUGGACAACAAGUGGAAUCAGAAAAACGACGACUGGAAGAAGAACGAGAAGCUGUUUUACUUUGACGCCGAAUACGUCGUGAAGGCCACACCCGACCAGGUCAUCAACACGACCCAGAUCCCCGCGCCCGGCGAGCCCGGCGCAAAGGGCCUGUUCAAGUACGGCAUCAACAUCGCCGACAACACAAUCUGCUACAACAUCACCCUCUCCGGCGUCACCGGCGAAUACCAGUCCAUGGCCCUCACUUCCACACACAUCCACGAGGCGGCCAAGGGUCGCUCCGGCCCGCCUCGCAUUGCGCUCCCCAAUCCUGGACCCAUUACCGAUGAUCGCCGUAUCUCUGUUGGAUGCCUGACUGGUCCGUUCAAGACUGGCAUCAUGGCUAACGGUGUCGAUACUGGUGCGAACUUCCACGUCCGCCAAAUUGUUGCCAACCCUGCUGGCUUCUUCACUGAUACCCACACCCGCAAGUUUGUCCCCGGUGCUGUCCGUGGUCAGCUCAAGUAA